AUGAGUCAGGAACAACAAGUGUAUCGUAUUUUGAGACGUAUUAGAAAUGAGAAGGAUGAUUUGCAAAAGUACAUCAUCUUGGACGAGCUGCAAUCCCGUACGGAAAAGCUCUUCUAUCGUGUACUUUGCGAAAAUGUCAAGGAAUUAAUGCCAAUCGUUUAUACUCCAACUGUAGGAUUGGCUUGUCAGAGAUUUGGAGAAGUUUAUCGUCACCCAAAAUUCGGUCGCGACACUUUGAUUCAGUUUGAGGACUUUGCGUUUGCAAAUGCAUUUACACUUCUCGACAGAUAUAAAGAUGAAUACUGCACUUUCAACGACGAUAUUCAAGCUGUUACGAAACGAUUCGGUCGCGACACUUUGAUUCAGUUUGAGGACUUUGCAUUUGCAAAUGCAUUUACACUUCUCGACAGAUAUAAAGAUGAAUAUUGCACUUUCAACGACGAUAUUCAAGGAACAGCAGCUGUAGCUGUCGCAGGACUGCUAGCCACAACUCGAAUAACGAAAUUAAAACUUUCUCAGCAAAAAAUUGUCUUCCUUGGAGCUGGAGCAGCUACACUAGGGAUAUCAGAAUUGAUUGUGACUCAAAUGAUGUCCGAAGGCCUUACGAGAGAGCAAGCUCAGGCUCGUAUAUUCCUUCUAAACAGCAAAGGUCUGAUCACAAAAGAAAAAGCUAAGAAUUUGACUGCUCGUGCACAACAAUAUGCAAAGGCUACGCUAGGAAUAUCAGAAUUGAUUGUGACCCAGAUGAUGUCCGAAGGCCUUACGAGAGAGCAAGCUCAGGCUCGUAUAUUCCUUCUAAACAGCAAAGGCCUGAUCACAAAGGAAAAAGCUAAGAAUUUGACUGCUCGUGCACAACAAUAUGCAAAGGUAGUGAAGAUGGUAAAGCCAAAUGCAUUGUUAGGUCUUUCUACUGUUGGUGGCGCAUUUACCCCAGAAAUCUUGCGUGAAAUGGCUAAAAUAAAUCCUCGACCAAUCAUUUUUGCUCUUUCAAAUCCGACAAGUAAAGCUGAGUGCACAGCUGAGGAUGCAUACAAAUAUACCAAUGGGCAAGUGCUCUUCGCUUCGGGAUCUCCGUUCGAAGAUGUAGAGAUGAACGGGAAACUGUUCAAACCGGGACAGGGUAACAAUUCGUACAUAUUCCCCGGUGUAGCCUUAGGUGCUGUUCUAUUCAAAGCAAAACGCAUACCUAAUGAAACAUUCCUGAUUGCGGCAAGGCGUUGUGCCGCAUCUGUAACGGAGAAAUCGUUGAAUGUUUACUCGAGAUUAUAUCCAAGGCACAAGAAUAUCCGAGACUUGUCCGCUGACAUCGCUUUGGAUGAGAUGUUUAUUCGUUCGCAAAUCUACUCGUAUGAGUACAGUCCUGUGCUCAGCGACCUUACCGACACAUACGAUUGGCCCGAGACGGAUACCCGCCAAGGCUUCCCCGUGCCAAAGAUGACGCGUACUUCAAUGGAUGACGAGUAA